UCUCAAAUUGAUUCUGUUGGUAGUUCCCCACACACAUCUCGCCUGUCAAUGGCGAUCCCUCUUUCGUCGCCUUUAAUGUCCGUUCUUUCUUUCUUUCUUUCUUUCAUUCCCCAUGCUCCUUGCCCUUCCAUUCUCUUCCCAAACAACAAUAAAUUAAUGGUUUCCUCACCGCACCGCACCCCCACUCACUCCACUUUCUCAAAGGCGAACCAACUCGACUGACCUCAUCUCAUUCAUUCAUCCAUCCAUCACUAAAUAAAUUAGCACAAUCGCAGCUACUUUUCCCUAAUUUCAAUUCUACUCGAUUAAUUUUCUCGUCUCUGCAACGAUGGAUGCGGUCGUCACUCUUCCACCUCUUCCAAUCGGAGUCGGAGUAGGAGCCGCCGUCGGCGUCACUCUGCUCUUCGUUGUGAAGAAUAGCCGCAACAAUAACAACAGCAGAUCCUCCGCCUUACCCUCGCCUCCAGAGGUGCCUGGGCUGCCUGUGCUUGGGAAUCUGCUCCAGCUGAAGGAGAAGAAACCCUACAAAACCUUCGCAAGAUGGGCGGCACUCUAUGGCCCCAUUUACUCCAUUAAAGCCGGCUCCAACCGCAUGGUCGUUGUCAACUCAGCCGAUCUCGCCAAAGAGGCUAUGGUAGCGAACUAUUCCUCUAUCUCGACGAGAAAGCUGUCGAAUGCGUUGAACAUCCUCACCUGCAAAAAAAGCAUGGUUGCCAUGAGCGACUACAACGAGUUUUACAAGACGGCCAAGCGGAACAUUCUUACAAGCACUCUUGGACCCAAUGCACAGAAAAAGCAUCGCAUACAUCGGGACACCAUUAUAAACACCAUGUGUGAGCAGUUCCAUGAGCACGUUAAGACGAAUGGCUCUAAGCCUGUCAAUUUCAGGGAAAUAUUUCAGUCUAACCUUUUCAGCUUAUCGAUGAAAGAGGCGAUCGGGGAGGAUGUGGAAUCCAUUUAUGUCCCCGAAUUUGACAGGGUUGUAUCUAGAGAGGAAAUCUUCGAUAUAUUAGUAGUUGCCCCCAUGGGAGGCGCCAUUGAGGUUGAUUGGAGGGAUUUCUUCCCUUAUCUGAAAUGGAUUCCGAAUCAGCGCUUUGAAUACAAACUCAAUCAGAUGCAUUUCCGGAGGAUGGCUGUCAUGAAGGCACUUGUCGAUAAGCAGAAACAACGCAUAGCUUCUGGAACGGCGAUCAACUGUUAUCUCGACUACUUGCUGGCUGAAGCACCGAUGUUGUCCGAAGAACAGCUGCAGAUGCUUGUCUGGGAGACAAUCAUCGAAGCAUCCGACACUACAUUAGUCACUUCCGAAUGGGCGAUUUAUGAGCUCUCAAAAGAUCCCGAGAGACAGGAUCGCCUCUUGAUGGAAAUCCAAAGCGUUUGCGGAUCCGACAAGAUCACCGAAGAAAAAUUAUCGCAGCUCCCGUACUUAACUUCUGUGUUCCAUGAAACAAUAAGGAAGUACAGCCCUGCACCUAUAGUCCCGUUACGAUACGUGCAUGAAGACGUUCAAAUCGGUGGAUAUCACAUCGCCCGUGGCACCGAGUUGGCGAUAAAUAUAUACGGAUGCAACAUGGACUCGAAGCUUUGGGAGAGUCCUGACGAUUGGAUGCCGGAGAGGUUUCUGAACGGGAAAGGCGAGACGAUGGAGCUGCAAAAGACCAUGGCAUUCGGGGCCGGGAAGAGGGUCUGUGCCGGAGCACUUCAGGCGAUGCUGAUUUCUUGCGUGGCGAUCGGGCGAUUCGUGCAGGAGUUUCAAUGGAGGUUGAAGGAAGGGGAGGAAGCGAACAUCGACACUGUCGGGUUGACGACUCACAAGCUUCACCCGUUGUUUGUGGUCGUAGAGCCGAGAAAUUGAGAGGAAUGAAUGGGUUGGGAUGGAUCGGUACGGUAUACCGUAUUGAAUUUUAUCAUUAUUAUUAUUGUUGGGGUGUCAAGAAUUAGCUGUUUCUAAGCUUUGUUUUGUUGAACUUGUGGGAAUGUUUUUUCGAAUAAUAUGGUGGGUUUUAUUGCUUUU